AAUGACGUUUCGUUUAGGCAGCAAAACAUGGCGGCACCGUGCAGUCAACCUCUUGUGACACCGGUACAUUAUGACCCGGCUUUUAAAGUGACAGUUCGGCUUCACGAGUCCCUGUUGUCAGGGACGGACACACCGACCGACAUCGAGAUAGAGAUGAUGUCGUUGUGUGGUCAGCUAGAUCUACUCUGCAGGAAGGAACUCACACAGCAACCAUCUCACAGAAUUGAUAAUGGGAAGACAAGCAACUCUUUUGUCAACAGAGCCCGAGUUGUAUAUGACCAGAUGCAUCAGCUUUUGGCGAGGUGCAACAGUCCACUGGACAUCCAGGCAUACCUUGAAAGCAAGUGGCUGGAUCGACUGUUUCCACGUGCUGCAGCCUAUGUUGUGAGACCUGAGGCCUUGUCUAUUGCUCUGAAGAAAACAACACUCGAUAACUACUACACUCAGCUAGCUGGGCUCCACCAUCUUGCUACCCUCGCUCGGCAGAUGAACAACGACCUGUCAACACAAUCCAAACCUAAGUACAUAGCUCAUCAGCUGGCCUUGUUGUAUCAAAGCGUCACAAACCUGGAGGGCAGCUCCUCUGCACUGGCUGUUCAAAAGAAGAACAUAGAGGACAACUUUAAGACGGUGAAAGCUGCAUUUGCCGCCGAUCAGGGUGAAACGUUUCUAGCUCCGGAAAUCAGAGAAUGGCUGCUGAUGUUGACCAACAACCUGGUGACUGUCGUGACCUCGCUACCUGCCCAACUCACUGAAGACAUGCAGCAACCAGCUGCCAUACUAGCCCGUGCAUGAUCACCUGACACUCAUCACAGAUACAUAUUUCACUUUUGACUUUCCUGCCGCUUUGAAGGGACAGUACGUCGAUGGUUUUUUGUGGUUGGAGGGGCAGUGAUGGAGCCUAAUGGUUAAAGCGUCUCCUUGUCACGCUGAAGACCUGGGUUCGAUUCCACACAUGGGUGAAGUGGCCAUAAAAUUUCUGAGUCCUGUGCUGGGGUUCAAACCAUGGUCCUUCUGAUCUGAAGUUGGACCCUUUGUCUACACGACCAAAGAGGUUAACCCAGUCAGCAUGGAUGGCGUCUGUGGGAUGACUCUAUGCCCACUUCAUAGGUAAAAUGUGUGAAGCCCAUUUCUGGUGAUAUUCCUGAAUAUUUCUAAAAGCGGCGUAAAACCAUACUCACUCUCUGUGUGUUUGGAAACCAUGCCUCAAAAACUGUGAUGUAACACCUUUGUUUCAUUCCUGAUUCAAUUGUAAACCAAAACAGUUGAACACAGCACAGCAAGGCCAACAGCAUAUGUUGUGUGCAGGAUAAACUAGCUUGUACAUGCAUUUUAUUAGAUUCAAAGUGAAGAGAAAGUGUAAUUGUUGCCAAUAUGAUUAGAAGUCAAAAUUACAAUUACAGAUCCAUUGACAUAUUGUCCCUUAAAACUCACAAGCCAUGAUAUUUCAAUAAGUAUUAUACUGUUCAAACUUCAAACCCAACUCACUCACAAAAAUGCUAAUGAUAUCAUUUUUGGAAAAUGCCUUGGUUGCAUGUAUUGGUUUUUGAAUAUAGCCAUACACUUUGCUUUCAAAGUCAUUGCAUUGGAUUUGCUCAAAUCAAAGGUUGUACUUUUCUUGUCAUUGUCUCUAACUGAUGCAUGUACAUGACCAAGACAGUCCGAACUCUUCACACAUCAGGGGUGGCGGGUAGCCUAGUGGUUAAAGCGUCCGCUCAUCACUCAGAAGACCCGGGUUCGAUUCCCCACAUGGGUACAAUGUGUGAAGACCAUUUCUGAUGUCCCCUGCUGUCAUAUUGCUGGAAUGUUGCUAAAAGCAGUGUAAAACCUACUCACUCACUCACUCACUCUUCACACAUCUUUGGCUUGGAAUGUUUAAAACCAUUAGCAAUCCUUGAGACUGCUGACAAAUCAGCUUUCUACAAUACCACGGUAGAGCGAUCUUUAUACGAAACCACUAUAAAUAUGUUCAAGGUUCCAGGAAUCUGGUACUGUGUGUCAAGUGAUGAGUAAUGUGAGAACAUGAUUGACGUAUCAUAUGUACAGGUAUUGGCAGUGGUCACCAGUUUGAGUAAAUUUGGUCAAAAGUCAUAGUAAAAUAUGUCACUAACUUAUAAAAGAUAACUUUUGAUUAAACUCAAGCCAUCAUUCAAGAAUUCACAAUGUCUAACACAGCAUCCCUUGUUAUAGUCCAAGUGUGUGCUGCCUUCCAAAAACCUAUGAUUCUAAGAUAUAUACUGAAGGAAAAAAAUAAGGGAUCACAUGAAAGGACAAGUGUUCCUUUAUUUUUUCCCAUGUUUCUUCACAAGCUUUGUAUCCCAUAGCUUGUGAAGAAGCCUGGAAAAAAUAAGGGGAACACUUGUGCUUUCAUGUGAUCCCUUAUUUUUUCCCCUCAGUAUAUA